AUGGAUCUCGCACAGCCGACAUCUUCCCAAGAUGUGCAGACUGCGGUCUAUCUGGCCGGAAUCUGGGAUGGCCUGAAAGAACAAAUAAAUCCUUUCCUCCAGAUUCUCUGCAUCAAUGGCAACAUCUACCGUAUGUUAGAUGAUUAUGGCAGACAAUAUGUGGCCAGGAAAUUCAUGGAGCAUGUAAAGGAAGCUGUCAUGUUUUGUCGUGAUGGCAAUGGAGAAGACCGACACUAUCUUGGCGCACCACGGUAUUUCAUUGCCAAUGGUGGUGUUGUGCAUUCUCCUGAUGGCUUGGAGCCAUUCUGGACAAUGGACGAUGGCUCCAUUCGGCUCGAAACCACCGCAGUCUGCUCGAUUCCGGCGAAGCCAACCAAGAUUCCACGACCUCCCAAUGCGUACAUUUUGUACCGCAAAGAUCGUCACAAUCUGGUCAAGGCUGCCAAUCCUGGUAUCACGAAUAACGAGAUCUCUCAAAUAUUAGGACGAGCUUGGAACCAGGAGUCAAGAGAAGUCCGACAAAGGUACAAGGAGAUGUCGGAGGAAAUCAAACUUGCCUUGCUUGAGAAGCAUCCCGACUACCAAUACAAGCCGCGCAAAUCCUCCGAGAAACGACGCCGCGCUCGCCGUCAGCAAGGUCAUGCUAUCAUGAGCGAGGCCAAUCUUCCAGAGGCCUCCCUUGGCAAUGGCACAGCUGCAGAUGAUCAAUCUGUGGCUGCGGCAUAA